AUGUCGGGUUCACUAGAGGUAUGCACAAAUGUUACGAUCAUCUUCGAGUGUUUUGACUUUGGCGGCUGUUUCCCAGUCACUGGCUUGAAGGAAUUCUGGCUUGGCGCCUCGAACUUCCUCCUGCAAGGCCAGGGGCCAUUUGUCUCUGUGGUUGAUGUUGAAAGUGGGAAAUUAAUUCAGAAGACAAAGGUCUUUAGACGGAACAAUGUGUAUGGUUUCAUGAUUGAUGAGGUACGAUGUCAGGAACAAGGCAGAGUUAGCGUCCUCGUAUGGGGUGGCUCUUCGCUACGAAUUAUCGAUAUUCACAGGCAAAGAGAUGAUGGUGAUCUCAGGAUAGUUUGUGGCUCGCUUGAACAUGCAGCUCCCGACUGGAUAUAUGACAUAUGCCCCGCACAUAUCGGAGACAGUGGCAGUCUCGCUUACUUGGUCACAGGCCACAACUCUGUACUCAGUAUAAAUGCGAAGAGGACUGUCAACUCCAAGUACCCAAACAAAAUACAGCUGAGGCAUUUGCUGGCUGGUGUCAAGUCUACACUCUACUCGGCUAACAUAUUGGCUCUCUCGGCUUCGCAUAUCCUAGUAGCAGCCGGAACGGUCUUCGGUGAAAUAAUCGUUUGGUCCUGUUUCAUUUCCAAACACGAUUCUCAAUCUCUGUAUUCUUCUUCCAUUCAUCAUUUUUUCACAGGUCAUGAGGGAUCAAUUUUCGGAGUCAAUAUUUCCGGGGAGCUCCCGCUGACGGAAGGGAAAUCAGGGAGACUGCUCGCUAGUUGCAGUGAUGAUCGUACGGUCCGGAUUUGGAAUAUCUCAGACUGUUUUUAUGCCACUUCUGCGGACCAGGCGGCAUAUGCCACGGAUGGAUUUGACCUUCGAAGCACCGGUUUUGGAAGCACUGCUCCAGCGAAGAUGUCAAGCGGCUCAGAAUCAGCGGUUGCUAAAUGUUGGGGCCAUGCCGCCCGUGUCUGGGGGGUGUACUUUCUGCCUAUUCGAGCUGAAUAUCCGAAUGUUGUCAACCUUGUUUCUCGAGGCGAAGAUGCUACAAGUCUGUUGUGGCGGCUAGAUCUGACAGGCGCUCACCAAUUCAAUGGGGACAUGAAGCUCGAUUUGACGAAUAUUUCAACUCUCAGCCAUCACGCAGGAAAGCAUAUCUGGUCGUUGGCUUUGUCUGAAGGGGAUAAAGAUACGAAGCUUUUAUAUACGGGGGGCAACGACGGUACAGUCAGAACAUAUGAACUGACCUUCCUCGGCAAAGAUGGCAAUAAUGGCGAGGAGCCAUCUAUCAAGAUUUCACCGUACAGCCCGAAGACUCUUCUGAAAGCUGCGCGUGCCAAAAUCGAUCACGACGGCUUUGUUCCGCGAUUUUUUGCUUUCGUUUCGAGCAACACCUUUAUUAUAACAUAUGCUUCUGGUCUUGUGCAGCUAGGAACUCUCCUCACUACCUCACAUAAUCCGAACCAAGCUGCUGCAGCUAAACCAGAGAUCUCCUGGGAAGAUUUAGCGGUAGCUGAGGACCUAAGUUCAUCUUCUUGUAUAUCUGCACUUCCGCGCCACGGCCUUGCCGUAAUUGGUGGCUCUACCGGAAUUCUACGUCUCUACAACCACACUACCAAAACAUUAACUGAACUGACCAAGGUUUCUUCUCGACCUGUGAAAAUAGUUAUGCUUGAUGCUGAUUUCAACGCAUCGAAAGUGGGCCACAGUUUCAGAUUUUUGGUUGCAUACCCUCGCUCAAAAAACGCAGAGCUAUUUGAUUUUGAAACGGCAGGUAGCGGCAGCUCUUAUACUAUCAGAAAGACUGAGCUGAUAUGCCCUCCAUACAUCGCAAUAACCACGGGCUCGAUCGUGUGUCAUGGCAGAUAUCUUGCUGUAGGCGGCAAAUCCGGCCAAAUUCUAUUCUACAAACUAGACGCCCGAAAAGAAUGUCUCGAGUGCUCAUUUAUUGAACACCGACUUCAUGGAAAAGCAAGUGUUACAUUUCUAAGUCCAAUUGAAGACGUCGAAGAUCCUAAUGAGGGAUACGUUCUGACGGGUGGUCGAGACGGCAAUUAUUGCGUGUAUCGUUUGCACUGCUAUCCAGACAGAGACGUUACUCCGCGUGAUUUUCAGAUUGUUCAUCGUUCAGUGGCGUUCUUGUCGCAGGUGGAAGGCGCUUAUUUCGACCAGAAAACAGGCCAUUUCAUGGUGUUCGGUUUCCGGGGCAAUUUCUUGAUCCUGUGGGAUGAGACAACGCAGACUGAUAUUCUAGCGCUGGACUGCGGUGGUGUUCAUCGAGUGUGGGAGUUCACGCCUGAUCCCGAUGCACUAGGGGCAUGCACCAUUAUCUGGAUUCAAGCGCGGGCUUUGCACGUUCUUGUGGCAGGUUCUGCGGUACAUCGACCUCUCCAAAUGGGUACCCAUGGACGAGAAAUCAAGAGCUUAGCGAUCGCCAGAACCCAGACAGGCAAUGGUCGAAAUCUAAGCAGGGCGUCACCACUUAUAGCGAGCGGGGGAGAAGAUACAUUAAUACAUAUCUCGACAAGGUCGCGAGACAAAGACAGCAUGUGGAACCCUGUACGGUGUUUGCAUGUCAUGGGCGACCAUGUUUCUGGGCUGCAGCGGAUCAAGUGGUCGGAUGACGGGCGAUUCUUGUUUUCCAGCGCCUGUCGAGAGGAAUUUUUCGUUUGGAGGAUUCGAUCAGUGCCGAAAUUCGGCCUUGCGACGUUAAUGGAGGCGGCUUGUCCGAGGGAAGAGUUUGAGACGGAGCUCCGAAUUAUGAGUUUUGAUGUGCUUCGCAUGCAAUCGGCAGCUGACGAGGACCGUUUUCUGCUGGCUCUUGUCUACUCGAAUUCUACAAUCAAGGUAUUCUCAUACACAAGUUCAGCGGAAACCCAUGCUUUUGAGCUUCUCGGAAGAGGCACCUAUUCCACGAAUUGCCUGACAGAAGUCCACUUCGUGGGCGACAGCGAUUCUAACUUUGCGCUCGUCACAGGAGCUACUGAUGGAUAUAUUGCUUUUUGGCCUCUUCAAUGGAUUACACACAGUCGCAUUGAUGGGUAUACUACAAUAGCAAGCGCAUCUGCGACUACCUCUGUUCCUACCGUGCAUAGCAUCGAGUGGAAGACACACCAUGCCAUACAUACUAGCAGCAUCAAGAGUCUGGAGGUAGAGGAGAUUUCACCGGGUUUUCAGGUCCUCGUUGGCGGCGGAGAUGACAAUUCCCUGUCCGUGACGCUAGUAAGACUGGAUACUGUUGUUCGUGUGGUCAGUAGUAUGUCGGUUUCCAACGCGCACGCCUCGGCGGUUACGGCAGUCAGGAUAUUGCACAGUUCCGUGUCGUCCGAGGAAGGUCGUGGCACGGCUAUAUUGUCGGUAGCAUCGGCAGGGAACGACCAGUGCGUCAAGCUCUGGUCUGUCACGGUUGGUCUGGCCCAGAAUCAAGCGAUUGGCAUUUCACUGGUGUCAGUUCGAUAUUGUCCUGUGGCUGACGUUGCGGCGAUGGAUAUUAUGGAGGUUGGCGACAGCCCUACAGUGGACCGGGUGUUGGUUAUAGGCGGAGUUGGCCUGGAAAUGGUGCCAGUGCCUUGGCAUUGA